AUGGUAGAAAAUAAAAAACAGAAGGUUACUGCUUUACAAGUAGCAAAAUAUUUUCUAAGUCGCGAUCCUAAACGUGAAUAUUUUGUAACGGGGAAAAUGCCAAAAAUCAGCGGAAUUGCCAUCCCUACUAUUGGUAAUUUUCGCCUAAACAAAUUAUUGCAUAUUUCGCAAAUUCUUUAUUGUGCUAAGAAAGGAGAAUAUUUGUUCGAUGAACCACUUAUGGCUUUUGAACACGGGGGAGUAGUUUAUGAAGUUUAUCGCCAAUUCCAUUUUUUAGUUAAGCAGUAUUACAAUGAAACUAAUCAUCUUUCUUUAGAAAUAAAAAACUUUCUUGAUAAAAUUUAUAAUUUUUUUCACACUCUCGAAAAUGAUGAUUUAGAAGAAUUUACUCACAACGACCCUGCUUGA